GUUUUCAAUUCGGUCUUUCCCUAAAAUUAUGACGAGGUGCUCCACGUGUCGAUCUAUUAGACUUUCAUGACCCGUAACACUCCACGUGGCAAAAGUAGCAUGAUUUUCAAGCAUCAAGCACGAGUCUGUUCGACACGUACGUGCAAAAAAUGCAAACCCUCCGCACGCUUCUAUGUUCUUCGACCUCCUUGCCAGCUCCUUCAAUUUCACUCCUUAUACGCACACACUCGCAAACUCGACCAGAAGCUACCACCGCCUCCAAAACAAACAUGCAAGAAAUCAUGCAACGGAGCCCCGCCGGUUCAUCCUCCACGCCCAAGCAACGCCUGAGAGAAGAGCCAGUCAGAGAUCUGAUCCUUCACAAGAGACAGCUCGUGGACGUCCCCUACACGGCGUCGCUCGCCGAGACCAUGAACGCCCUCGUGAUCAACCACGUUCUGGCGGUGCCGGUGGCGGCGCCGCCGGGGCGCUGGAUCGGGGCGGGCGGGUCCAUGAUCAUGGAGGCCGGCCAGGAGACCGGCGCCAUAAGGAAGCAGUACAUAGGGAUAGUGACCAUGCUUGAUGUACUGGCUCACAUAGCAGGAGAUGAUGAUGGUGUUGAGAAAGCAAGUGAUGAUCAGAGGGGCUUAGAGAAGAAGAUGGCUGCCCCGGUUUCGUCGAUCAUCGGGCAUAAUCUUGAAGGGCUCAGUCUCUGGACAUUUAAUCCUAAUACUAACAUCCUGGAUUGCAUGGAAGUGCUUAGCAAAGGAAUCCACAGAGCCCUUGUGCCGAUAGACAGCCACAUGGAGAACAUUUCGGGAGUCGAGUUAGUGGAGGCCGCCCCUUCCUACCGAAUGCUUACUCAAAUGGAUGUGGUCCGGUUCUUGAAGGACCAUUUCUCCGAGAUGGAAGGCAUUGCAACACGCUCCAUCAGGGAGUUAGGGGCGGUCAGUCGACAUGUCUAUGCGAUCACGGACCGAACCAAAGUUAUCGAGGCCAUCAAGUGCAUGAGAGCCGCUAUGAUUAAUGCUGUUCCCAUAGUUGCCUCAGAGGAAUUCGAGCAUGAUCACAGCCAACUUUUGGAUCUAGAAGGCGAGGGUCGGAAGCUGCUGGGCACAUUUUCGGCAACUGAUUUGAGAGGGUGUCACUUGGCCACGCUGCGGUCCUGGUUGUCCACGACGGCGCUGGACUUCACCGAGAAGAUCUCGAAGAGCCCUCUAUACGCCGCCACCGCCGCCCCGGGGGAGGGGGGCACGAGGCCGAGAGAGCCCGUGACUUGCACCGACGGGUCGUCCCUUGCGGAAGCAAUGGACAAGGCAGUGGAUAAGCACGUGCAUAGGGUCUGGGUUGUGGAUCAACAGGGGUUGCUCACCGGCGUGGUUUCACUCACUGACAUGAUCCGAGUGUUGAGGGUUGCAAUUUUGUCCGCUUAGCGUGCGCAUGAUCAAGACAAGAAAACUAACGUUAUGUACCUCGUUGUAUCCACGAGGAACAAAGACUAGAAAUAAUGCCCAAAAUUUCUAAGGUCACAGUCUCUAUCAUUACUCAUUUGUGCUUAUCGAGUC